GAGAGGAGCAACGAGAUGAGAGGAGAGACAGCAAAAUAUCUCGGUUGCCCUGUUGCAAGCGAACGAAAGAUCAAGAUUUAAUACACAAUUUGUCGCUUAGAUUGAACUAGAAACCAUAAGCCCCAAGCCUGCUAUAUGUCAGACGCGAUUUUCCAGUUAAUACGUUUAAGUGAGAUUUGGUAGUACGCGGCCACAGAAGCCAAAUUGUAUGUGUGAAGUGCUAACUGUUAGCUGACAGGCUACAUAGCAUAGCCAUUGAUGCAAUGGCGUUGAAAAGAAUUCAGAAGGAGCUGUCAGACCUGCAGAGGGACCCUCCUGCUCAGUGCUCCGCUGGACCAGUUGGAGAUGAUUUGUUUCAUUGGCAGGCAACAAUAAUGGGUCCGAGUGACAGCCCAUAUCAGAGUGGAGUGUUUUUCCUCACCAUUCACUUCCCAACAGAUUACCCCUUCAAACCACCCAAAGUUGCAUUCACAACAAAAAUUUACCACCCUAAUAUCAACAGCAAUGGAAGUAUUUGUCUGGAUAUACUGAGAUCACAAUGGUCACCUGCACUUACAGUAUCAAAAGUAUUAUUGUCUAUCUGCUCUCUUCUUUGUGAUCCAAACCCGGAUGACCCACUGGUACCAGAGAUCGCCCAUACAUACAAGGCUGACAGGGAAAAGUACAACAAAUCAGCAAGAGAAUGGACACACAAGUAUGCAAUGUGAGAAUGCCAGGGAGAUCAAAAUACAAAUGAGAACAAAAGAAACAUGUUUGAUUUGUAACUUGAGGCAGAUGAGCAACAGAGGAAAAAAACCUAGACAACAGCCCAUCUUUUGGAGGAGGAAGUGAUACAAUGAGGUACAGGUCCACCUGGCUUUCCAUGUGCUGAGCUGCUACCAUGUGCUGUCCUUCAUGACUUGUAUGGAUCUGCUGAGCAGGAUCUGACUGGCUCCUUAAAGCACUCCCAUAUGGAAUAGCGGAAACUCUUCACAGUCCAUACCGCCACACUCAGACUUUAAACUGUUACUCCUGCUAUUGUGAUUAUCACUAUCAUCAUCGCUAUUCAUACGCAUCAUUUUCACUGUCAAUGAUUCAUAUCGUUGUGCUACUCGGAAGCAAAAUGUUUGAUUUAUUUAGGAGAUUGGCUCUCCCUUUAUUUCAGAGGUACUGUCUGUGUCCCACUGGAUGUCUUGUUAGUACUGUAUUUCCAUGUAUUUAGUGGCCUUUCUGUGUUAUUAUUAUUUUCGGUACAUGUGCAAUUGAGGCAGAAUGUUCCCUGUUCAACACAAAAUGGUGCCGUGCCAUUACCAGCAGCUGAUCUGUUGGCACAUACUGUCUCUACCCCCAAACAAUGUGAAAGAUGUAAAGGAUUGGUCUCUUAUCACUCACUGCAUUUCAGACUACAACAGUAUUAAGCGGUUUUGAGGACACUGGAGAGCUGCUGUUAAGAGCUAGCUGGCCCUGGCCUCGAUGUUGUGGGGCUCCAUAGGGCGAAUGUCAAUUAAAAUUUUUCUCACACAUGCUGUCAUUGCCCUUACAUCCUGUAUGAGUAACCACCCCAUGGCUGGUGUCCAUAGUGCACAAAAUACUACUGUUGUUUGACUUCUUACUUGUUGUGUAGCUAUGACCAUAGCUACUCUUUGGCAUAUAGCUGAGCUGUGUGCCACCUCCUCAGUACAGUUACUCAGGUAUCUAACCAAAUCAUCAGCCUUUACAUGCAGUGACCACAUGGUGAGAAAAAUGACCAGGUCCCAUUUCAUCAGGCUUCUAAAGAUUGUACUGAUCCAAGUUCACUGGUUUGUUCACAUAAUAGAAAACACUCACGCUUCCUGAAAAUCAAUGACUGAUCAGCACACCUGAAGGUCUUUAUGCACAUAGGCCCUGAUGGACUGUGUUGCAAAAAAAUAAAUUAAAAAAAAUGCUCCUCCAGAAGUACUGUCAUUUUGUCACAGAGAGGAUUUUUUUCAUUAUCCCUCUCCAGUUCUUUUUUUCACCAUCUACAUUUAUUAAAAAAAACUUGGAUGUGAACAGCUUUUAAACGAUGCUGUUAAACAUGUACAUGCUUCUGUUUUUCUGAAAUAUAAUGGCCUAAGGCUGGUGUCACUUAUACUCAAAAUGGGAACUUAAAACAAACUUGAUAUUUUUCAUUUCAAGUCAUAGCAUGUUGUUACUUGAGGUGAAUGAAUACAGUGUCCAUGACAAUUUCAUCUGCUUUAAACAUCAAGUGAUGUGAAGUUUGUCAGCAUUUUUCUUUAUGUCCAUAUUCAAGUCUGCAAAGGUUUGUUUUGGGAUUAAUAAUCCACACUGAAAGUAAAACAGUUUGUCUCGGUGAUUCGUUUGUGACCUUUUGUAUUGUAUCUUUGAAAGCUUUAGUGAUAGGCAAUUUUUUUCUUCUUCAUGUCACCAGAAUUGAACAAGAUUGUGAUGUGUCAUAAUGUAAUAUUGGUUUUCAUAUAAUCCAUUGUAACUGUGGGAUAAAGUAGUUAGGAAAUGCUAUGAUUUUGUUUUUCUUUAGUCAUGGCUCAUAAUGUGCUGAUGCUGCCAAUAUAAAGGGAACUAUUUGAUAUUAUAAAGGGGAAUAAAUUUAGCUUUUGAGGAAUUAUUGAGUGGAUUUAUCUGAAAGGAUCCAUACUAAAGCAUGAUUAUUUUAGAGGCUUUGGUUGUAGUAUUAACACAAUGGUUUAGGCGCCAAAUAUAGAUUUUAUUCAUGUUAGCUGCUGUAGAAACAACUAUCAAAACAAUUGUCCUAAAACACAGUAUACACUAAAAGGUUUUGGAAAUAUAUCCUCUAAAUACUUUGAAAGUCUUUUGCCAGACCACAAUUGAAAAUGACAUGUGUAAUAGUGCUACUUCAAACUUUGUGUGCGUUGUUUGUUCAUCAGGCUAUUUAUUUAUUUGAAAGCAGAGUAUCUUCCAACUGUACUAUUGAAUGCAGCCUCAAUUCAUCAUGUGAGUGGUGCGACAUUGACUUCCUUUGUCCAGUGUGCUCAAUAGAGUUUAUAUAGGCAGCUUGGCAUGCUUUGCACUCUGGAGAACCUUCUCACAGCCAUUUGCCAGAUAUCAGGGAUUUCGUUACAAUUCAUCUGCCUAACACCUCUGACUAAAAAUUUAGCCUUAACCCUCAUUUUGUAUAUAUAGAUAUAACAUUGUCAUAAACUGUAAAUUUGCUAUCAGGGCUGUAUCCCCCAAAUGGGUGAUUCAUUUCAUCCAUAACCAUGGAAACCUGCUUGAACAGUACCAAUAUUUUUUGUUGAAAUUUUUAAGCCUGGCUUUCUCUGAAUGCAGGACCAGCCUUCAUGCAUCCUAAAAUUUGGAAUAUGUGUGCUUGAGAUACCAUGAGCGUCCACUCACAUAGCCUACACAAUAUAACUAUUGACCCUGUCAUAACAUAUGAAUAAAGCUCAUCUUGGUUUA